AUGGCGGGCGGGAACGCUGCGGCUCGUCAAACCGUUUGCUACUAUGAGCUGCUCAAGGUCGAGCGCACCAGCUCCCUCGACGAGAUUCGAAAGGCGUUUCGCAGACAAGCGCUCCUUCUGCAUCCAGACAAAAAUGCAGAUCGUGUGGAGGAGGCCACGCGCGAGUUUCAGCAGCUGCAGGAGGCGUACGAGUGCCUCAGCGACCCUCAGGAGCGCGCGUGGUACGACGCGCAUCGGGAGCAGAUUUUGGGCGGCGGCGGCGGCGGCUGCAAAGGCGGCGACGAGGGGUUGACGAGCCGGGGGACCUCCGUCGACCUGUGGGCGUUUUUUUCCGCGUCGUGCUUCUCGAGCUUCAGUGCGGAGGACGAAGACAACUUCUGGCAGGUCUACGGAGACGUAUUCGCCACACUGGCUAAAGAAGAGACAGACGAGCUCCGCGCGAACGGGGUUGACAAAGCGACCCUCGAGCGGGCUGCGGCGGCGCCUGCGUUUGGGGACGCGUCUGCGCCUUGGGCGGAGGUUUCCGCAUUCUACGCGUUCUGGACAGGCUUCUCGUCCUCCAAGUCGUUCGCCUUCGCCGACGAGUGGAAGAUCUCCGCGGCGGAUUCUCGGCUGCAGCGCCGCUUCCUGCAGAAGGAAAAUGAGAAGCUGCGGAGGGGGAAGAAGAAGCAGUUCAACGAAAUUGUGCGCAAACUUGCAGAGGCCGUGAAAAAGCGCGAUCCGCGUGUCCUCAAGCGCUCAAAGGAACUGAUCGAAGAGAAGAUGAAGGCGCGCCAGCGGCAGGAGGAGGAAGAGGAGAAGCGGAAGGUGCUUCUUGCGCAGCAGCGGCGAGAGCACAGAAUGGCGCAGGAGGCGCUGUGGGUCGCGCUCGAGGAGGAGCGCAGAGAGCUGAAGCGCCAGGGCUACACGUUUGCGGGGGACAGCGAAGAUGAAUCUGAAGAAGACACAGACAAGCAGGACUCCAAUGAGGAAGAGGAGGGCGUUGAUGUCGAGGACUGCAGCCCGAGACGACGCGGGCGGAGGGCAGAGAGCGAAGAGGUUUCGCAGACGGAAGAGCCAGAGGACGACGAAGCGUUUCUGCGAUGGUAUGAGCGCCGGCAGCUGAGGGAAGAAGCGGGAGAAGGAGCGAGUGCAAGCUCCACGCCUCACGCGGCGAGCCGCGAGGUGCGCGGAGCGAUGGCCCGCGGUGAAGGGGGUGGGUGGCGGCGGAAAGCGAAAAGUGAGGAGAAAGAAAGGAAAUUGACAGUCGUCGUGCACACCUGCGAGGUGUGCCGCAAGACGUUCAAGUCUGCUUCUCAGUUCGAGGCACACGAGCGAUCUGCGAAGCAUCAGCAACGAGUGAAGCAUCUUCGAAUGCAGGCGAGGGAGGAAGCUGACGACUUGGAGGGCGCUGAAGACGAAGGGUCGCCGCAGAAAGCCUGCGGCGACAACGUGAGCGGAGCAAAGGCCAAGAAGAAAGGCAGGAGACGGAGGAGGGGCGGGAGUAAGAGUGAACAGAAAGAAGUUGAAGAGGCGCCGGAGUACAGCGAACCCGAGGAGACUGGAGAAGCAAGCGAAGACGUAGAACGACACAAGGGCGUUGCUGAGGCAAAGGCCUGCGACGGGGCGUCCAGCGAGAGUGACGCGUCCGCGGUGCGCGGUCGGACUCUUUCGUCGCCGAAUAGCGACGAGGCAACGAGUGAGGAAGAGGAUGACAAUGAGAGUCUCCUUCUGCGGCUAGCGCAGAGCAAACGGGGGGUGACGCGGUUUACAGCACACGUGUCAUCCAGCGAUUCCGCAGAGGAUGAAUCAGAGGACGAAAGCGAGCUCGGCGCAGUUGAAAGCGGCGGCUUUGGAGACGGGGAGAUGGAGCCGGAGGCUGACCGCGGCCCCAGAGUUCGAGGGAAGGGAUUAAACGAGGGAGGGGAGCUCGAAGAAGGGGAGUCUCCUGCUCGUCGCGCAACGCUGCGGCCGGAAGAUAGCAAAGAAAACGAAAGUUCGAAAACAAGAAGAAAGGGACGCCGAAGAGCAGGUAAAGCCAAAGAACCGGAGAAUCCACGAACCAAAGACUCUGAAACAGAUGAGGCGUUCGUCAUUACUGCUGCAGGACCGUCCGCGGCACACUCAUCGUCCUCUCAGACGAAGACAGGCGGGAAGACCGCUUCGCUUUCAUCGUCUGCGCCCUCGAGUCUCUCGGCGCCCGCUGCAGAUGGAGCGAGAGGCAAAGGACGCGAGAAGGAGGGAAAAGCGAAGGACGGAAAGCACGCAGAGACGGAAUGGAGCUGUCAAAUAUGUGGCGCAGCGUUUGAGACGAGAAACAAAUUAUUCCAGCAUAUCAAAGCAGAGGGGCACGCUGCGCUGAAGGUCGUGGAGGCGGGAAAUAGUCGCGGCAAGAAGACGCGGAAGGCGAGGAACUGA